AUGGCCCAGCUCUUCGGCGCCGGGUCGAACUCCCACGGACAGCUCGGGACGAGCAGAGAGGGCGAGGAAGACCUCCACGGAUUCGGAAACACCCAUCGAUGGACAGCCGAGCAUCUCCAGCCCGACCAGCCAGUCUCGUCGUCCAUCGGAGGCCGACACGCCCUCUUCCUGCUCCACCACCCCACCCAUCCUGAGAUCUAUCUCUGCGGAGACAACGGCCAGGGUCAGCUAGGGCCUGCCGCACCCAGCACUGCUUCGACACCAUCAUCGCCGUCGGCCGACAAACCGAACAGCACCAGCACGAUGCAAAAACUAGACUACAAACUGCUGGUGUCGAGCACGGUGAAUAUCGAUCAAAAGCUCAAAGACUUGCUCAUACUCAAAUAUCGGCCCACCCAAGUUCAAGCUUGCUGGGAAACCAGCUUCGUAGUCUUAUCACCAUCUUUCGACGGCCCCGAUCGGGCGUCCCCUCCUUCUGAUGGGGAGGAGGAGGAGGAGGAGAUAGGAUACGACGACCAUAUCCUGGCUUUUGGAUCAAACAACUUCGGGCUGAGAGGGGCGACGAAGGAAGAGGAUCUCCCCGCUGAUCCGAGCAUGCCCAACCUAGUCGAUCAGCCGCCCGUCUUUGGCCGCUCGGGGUCCAUAAAGCGGAGGAUCAAGCUUUACGGAGGGUGUCAGCAUCUGGUUGCGGUGGUCGAGUGUGGCGGGAGCGGAGGGCCGAUCAAGUUGGUCGCCCUGGGCAACCAACACAGCGUCGUGGUCUGUCCCGCCGAGAUCUGGUGUUGGGGGAGCAACAGGAACGCGCAGAUCCCCGCCGCACUCAGCCAGCUCCCCCCCGCCCACAUCCUCGAACUCCAGGCCUCCUGGAACGCCACCUUCGUCAUCCUCAGCCAACUGCCCGGAAACCCCACACACAACCGACUGCUCGGAUUCGGCAGCAACUCCCACGGCCAACUCGACGCCGGCCUCCCUGACCCCCCCGCCCACUCAACUACCCUCGACCGGCAGAUCCCCGCGCUCUUCUCCAACCUCGUCGCCGGAUCCGAGCAUCUCCUCCUCGCCAACCGCCUCCACCCGCUCCAGAUCUGGGGCUGGGGGUGGAACGAACACGGUAACCUCGGCAAACCGCCCGGCCAAGAACUCCAGCAAUCCAGGACUUUCACCCAUCUCUUCAGUCUCCCUGCGGGCUCCAAACUUCUCACGCUGGACGCCGGUUGCGCAACUAGCUUCAUCAUCUGUAGUUCUCCUUGA